GGAUAAAUGAAGGCAGGGCUCCAAACAGAACCUUGCCGCGUGACCCGCGCUUCGUUCAUCAACUCUUGGACGCGGGAAGUGUUGGAAGCAGGAAAAGCAAAAGAGAGGAGUGAUGCAUUCUUGUUGUAUGCUAACCGCAUGCAGGAGUCCUCCAAUCAUCUCCUCUACUAGGAGUGGAACAGUGAAGAGGGAAGCAAAAAUCUUAGCUACCCAACAGCAUGGGCAGGCGAGCAUUACGAAAACCUUGGUUGUUCCUUUUAUGGCAGCAAUCCUUGCGUUCUCCCCUCUCUGCAGCGCUCCAGCAUCACUGGGACAAACAACUCAGAUCCAAAAAGGAGCAACUCUUUUCCGAACCUCCUGCAUUGGAUGCCAUGAUGGCGGUGGCAAUAUACUGCAACCUGGUGCGACACUCUUCGGUAAUGAUCUAGAGAGGAAUGGUGUGUCGACCGAAGAGAGCAUAUAUGAAAUUACAUACUAUGGAAAGGGAAGAAUGCCGGGAUUUGGUGAGAAAUGCACGCCAAGAGGUCAGUGUACAUUCGGAGCUAGGCUGCAAGAUGAUGAAAUCAAACUCCUAGCCAUGUUUGUGAAGUCGCAGGCUGAACAAGGAUGGCCGAACAUUGAAAUUUAUAAAGAUUAAUCUGUGUAGACAAGGGCAUUUCUAUAGAAAGGAGGGCUUCAAAUAUUGAAUAAUAUACUAUUUAUACAUCUGCUUGAUAUUGUCGGAAGAACUACUACCCGAAUUUUAGAUGCACCACUUCUGGUUCAACAUGGCGAACUGGAUUCAGCUUGCUUGUUAACUUUCUUUAUUCAUGAAAAAACAAGCUGGACAAGAAAAGUUUUGGGUCUUAUUUUUUGGCUGUUUGAAUAGCGUACAACUCAGUAAGGUCUGCAAGCUGGAGGAUAUAUGCCCUAGCUGUUUGAGCAUUGUUGAUGUAACAACUUGAUUGACUUUCUUUAAUCCUACUUCAUGGUAAAACUUCUUACUGUUUCAACCAGUA